CCCUCCUGUCUGUCAGUCGGCCCUGGGUGAGUGAGUGACCAUGGAGUGGUUAGUGUCUGCUGUAGAGAAGGACCUCGGGGUGGACCGGCGUCAGAUGGGUCCAGGGCCCCGGCCUCAAGAGCUGGUAGCCCUGGUGCCCACCCGCUGGGUGAUGGGUCUGAGGGAGAGGAGGGUCACUCUCUGCGCCCGUUUGGAGAGCACUAGCGAGACUGAGAUUCGCACCUACCUCCAGCGCUCCCUGGUGAAGCUGCCUCCUGGCUGGACCCGAGUCUGCAUCCAAGGCCUGAGGAAGGGCAAACUCAGCUACAGGCUGGCCAGGGAGCCUGGCUGCCAACUAGACCCACACGAUUCUUUCAUGAAGACCAUGCAAGGGGUUUCACAGUGUAAUUUCAGGAACCUGUGGCGCGAGGCUCAUCGCAGCCAUGUGCAGCCCUAUGCAGGGGCUACAGAGCUGAUGCAUGUGGCUGCCAUAGAUGCUGUGCGCCAAGCACUGCAGAAGCUCUUCUGCUCCACUCUCGUCUCCAUCCCCGUGUCGCCAUCAAUCUCCCCAGCAAGAGACAAAGAAAAAGACAACCCAUUCUCCCCAAGCGGCUCCUUCUCUCAUCACCCCACAGACCAUCUGUGUCCCAACAUCCUCCCUGCUGAAUGCCUGCUGGAGUCAGCAGAGAUCCUCUACGUGGUUCUCCCGUACACCCAGUACUCACUCCAUGACAUCGUUACCUACAGCCCAGCCAAGCUGGCCAACAGCCAUGCCAAAGUGCUGUUCAUCAUCUAUCAGUUACUGAUUGCUUUGAAGGCCUGUCAGGCAUCAGGGUUGUCCUGUGGAGAGCUGUCCCUGCAGGACAUUGCGGUGGAUGAGCAGCUCUGCAGCCGCCUCAAGGUCAGCCUGGCCCACUACGAAGAGCUAGGGGAGGACAGAGAGGCUGCGGAGCAAGUGCCCAGAAGCGUGGCAUUGAGGGACAAUGGCCCGGGUGUGAACAGUGACUGUGAAGAGAGCCUCUGCAAGAGUUGUUUCCAUGAGCUCAAGACUCUGGCCCUGGACUGGGUCCAUGGGAGAGUCAGCAACUUCCGCUAUCUGAUGGAGCUCAACAGGUUGGCUGGUCGGCGAGAGGGAGACCCUAACUAUCACCCGGUCCUGCCCUGGGUGGUAGACUUCACUGUGCCGUACGGGAGGUUCCGGGACCUCCGGCGAUCCAAGUUCAGACUGAAUAAAGGAGACAAGCAGCUGGACUUCACCUAUGAGAUGACCAAAGAGGCCCUGGCGGCAGCAGUGGCUAAUGGCAGUGGAGCGGGCAGUGUCUUUGGGGACUUGGGUCUGGGCGGGUCUGUUGGCGCCGGUGCGUCAGGGCAGUCUGAACACCUGCACGUGCCCCAUCACAUCUCCGAUGUGUUGUCAGACAUCACCUACUACGUCUACAGGGCCCGGCAGACCCCUAGAUCAGUGCUGUGCAGCCACGUCAGGUCCCAGUGGGAACCCAAUGAGUACCCGGCCAGUAUGGAGCGCAUCCAGAGCUGGACGCCCGAUGAGUGCAUCCCAGAGUUCUACACGGACCCCUCCAUAUUCCGCUCCAUUCACCCCGACAUGCCGGACCUAGAAGUUCCCCCAUGGUGCAAAACCUAUGAGGAUUUUAUCGAGGUCCACAGGCGCCUCCUGGAGAGCCGAGAGGUGUCUCAACAGCUGCACUACUGGAUCGACCUGACAUUCGGAUACAAACUGUCCGGUAAAGAAGCCGUCAAGGCCAAGAAUGUGUGCCUGCACCUGGUCGACAACCAUAGUCACCUGACCAGCUACGGGGUUGUCCAGCUGUUCGACCAGCCACACCCGCCCCGCCUGGCCCCUUACCAGUACCCUCCGCCUGAACCCCCCCUCCUGGUUCCUGCCACACCCGCUGGGCCCUCUCUACACAUUCCACCUCUAGACCCAAUGGCGAACGCUGUGGACGGAAUGGUUCCGGAGGCCACUGGGUGUGAGUCCAGUGGCUGGACCACUGUGGACCGAGAUGAGGAGCUAGAACAAGGCAUGGAGGCUCUGGACUCACUCAGUGGAGGGACCUCCGCUACCACCGCCACUGCGUCUGUCCCUCUGCCCCUUAUUGGCACACCGGGGUCCGGGGGGAAGACUGGGCCAGAACAGCCAGCCAUGGUGGUGUCCCAGUCCCCCGGCUCUUUCCCCGGUGAGGGGGCAGCGGGUAAUGUCGCCAGCACCCUGGGCUCUGGCGUACGCAGUGCAAUGUUACAGAGAGGAGGCACCAUGAGCAAGAAGCAUGGGGAGGGGAGUUUGAGUGCCCCGUCAGAAGACCUCAAGAUCAAUCUUCCUGAGGGCUUCUGUCCCCUUCAACCUCUGGAAGAGCUGGAGAAACUGAACAACUUCCUGGUGAAGAGCCUGCAUGCACAAGUAUGGCACCAGUCAGACUCGAGCAAGGACAAGCAAGGAGCAUUGGAAUGUCUGCCCUCUUUAACGGACCUCUACCAGAGGGACAUGCAGGCUCUGGGUGUACUCAUAGCAGAGAUCUUCUACUCCUCUAAACUGCGGGGUGUUAAACCAGGCACCCCUCUGAGGGAGCGCUUCCAGGGUGUGAUCAAGCUGUGUUCUGCCAACCUGCGUGAUGUCCCGCUGCCCCUGCAUCACGCUCUGGAGACACUGCUAAACCUACGCCGGCACUCCUCAAAAGCCCAUUUUGAAGAAACGAUGUGUCCUCGGCCUCUUCUUUUCAAGUAUGACCCUGUUUUCGAGGGUCUCCCACCUCCAAACCCCUGUCAGUUACUCAGCCCCAUCCUCUCUCCGUUACCUUUCCCCACUUAUUUCCCAGCCCUCCAUGAUUUCAUAUACUCAUACCAUUCCAAUAUGGAAGCCACCUGCACCCUCCAGGGCCGUGAUGUGGUCUUUCACCUAUGGCAACAGCUGGAGAAACUGUUACAGGGAGUUAUCACAGCAGAAGGGCUGGAGAUCCUCCUACCCUUUGUGUUGGCACUUAUGCUGGAGGAGUCCACUGCUGUGUAUGCUGCCUGGUACCUCUUUGAGCCUAUUUCUAGGGUGUUGGGGCCAAGAAACGCUGCCAAGUACCUCCUGAAGCCUCUGGUCAGUGUAUAUGAGAACCCGCGGUGCCUUAGAGGCCGCUUCUACCUAUACACAGACUGCUUUGUUCUGCAGCUGAUUGUCAGACUGGGCCUGCAGGCUUUCCUAUCCAGCCUCCUGCCACACGUGCUACAGAUCAUCACUGGCUUUGAGAGCUGCAGCUCAGGCUCCGGGCCCCAGUGGGAGGUCAGCAAAGGUCUGAGGGGCGGGGCGUGUGACCUGGGCGAGGAGGAAGAGGAGGACUACCAGGAGGGCAGGCCGUCCUCUGGAUCUGUGAGCGGGAAGGUGGGGGCGGGCAGUGGUGGUGCUGGGGGUGUAGGUGUCGGGGGAGACCCGGGGCUGGUGGAUUAUUCGUCAGGCAUCAGCCUCAACGACCAGGUGUUCCUGUCUGAGGGCGAGGACUUCCAGAACGGCUUCUACGUCAACAACGGGGCAGGGGGAGCCUCCGGGGUGAAACAGCCCAGCCAGAACUCCGCCGCGGCCGUGGGCAAAGAACAGGACCAGGAGUCUUUGAGUGUGGGGAAACUGAGCGACAAGAGCAGUGCCAGCGAGGUCUCCAUUGGGGACGCCGACUCCACAAGGGACAGAGCCAGCCUGAAGUCCGCUGACAGCAGCCAAGACCUGAAGCAGGCCAGCGAAGAGGAGGGAGGGGAGCUGGAGGAGGAGGAGGAGGAGACUGAGACUGAGGAGAGGGCGGCGGGAGACGACGGGCCCGGCCUGGGGAUGACUCUGUCUGGGAGCACUGAGGAGACUGUGGCCACCCUGGAGGGGGACUUUGUGAACGGUGUGGAGCUGGAAGACACAGGGCGGAAAGACAUGGGGGAGGAGGAGGAUGACCCAUCAGAGGACUCGGGGCAGAAAGAGCACAAGAUCCUUCUAGACACGGUCUGCAAGACCGUUAGAUGGCUGUCUGCCAAGCUUGGACCGACGGUGACCUCUCGAUAUUUGGCCAGAAAUCUGUUGCGGCUGCUCACCACCUGCUACAUUGGCCCUGAGAAACACCAGUUUGUGGCUCUUGUGGUGUCUGAGGAGAACGGCCUGGAGAGUGUUGGCCUGGGCAGUGUGUAUGAAAGGAAGCCUGUGGUCGGAGACCAGACUGCAGGGCCGGUUCUGGACUGUCUCAUCUACAUUGCACACCUUUACGGAGAGCCUGUACUCACCUACCAAUACCUCCCCUACAUCGGAUACUUGGUGUCUCCGCCGGUGUCGUGUCGUCUGAACACCCGGAAGGAGGCAGGUCUGCUGGGAGCCGUGGUUCUGACCCAGAAGAUUAUAGUGUUCUUGUCUGACUCCACCUUAAUGGACAUGCUAAUGAAAAUCAACCAGGAUGUCCUGCUGCCUCUUUUAGACCUGCUCACCUCACCCAGGAUGGGGUUCCCCAGCGGAGUGCAAACACGUUCAGCUGUGUGUCUGAAGACCCUCAGUCUCAUGGCUCUCAUCUGUCUGCGUAUCGGCAGGGAGAUGGUGCUGCAACACAUGGCUGACACCCUGCAACGCUUCUUCGCUGUCUUCUCUCUGCUGCACUGCCUACAGGGACAGAUGGAGACUGCCCCCCGCAGGGAAGUGGGAGAAUGCACCUUGAUGGAUGUGUGUAUGCCAGAGGGGUCGGCGGUGACGUGUGAGCUGGGGGUUCUGGAGGAGCUGCAAGCCGUCUUUAACGCUGAGAUGGCCUACGCCUCAUAUAUUCCCUUCUACUGCCUUGUAGGUGAUGUGGCGAUACGUAAGCUGGUUACCAACCACGAGCUGGUUUGGAGGUUGGCCCAGACCUACCACUCUAAGGUGAGCCCUGGCAGUCCCGAUGCCAACCCCCCAGCAGGCUCCAAGGAAAGGGUAGAGAUGCCCCCCACAACCAUGGCCCCCUCCCCUGGCAUGGGACGCCAUGUGGGCCGCAGCCCCUUCCCUGCCCCCUACAACACUUCCACCCCCCUGGGGUCGGACACCCUCCCCGAGUCGGGUACCUUUGGCAGCCACCUGGUGGGCAACCGCAUCCAGGUGGCCCGGGACUCUGAGCCGGGGGCUGGGAGCCCCAACCUGGGCUCGUUAGACAACUGGGGCCAUCCCCGGCCCGGUCACGCCCAGUCUGUCAUCCCGGCUGCCUCCACCUUCACUGCUCCCUCCCUGGGCCCGUCCUCCUUCUCCUCCUCCUCCUGGGUGGUGGGUCCUACCCCUGAGGACAGCGCUCUCAAACAGGAGCUCCCUCGCAGCGGUCGAUCUCUGCAGGGCAACUGGCUGGCCUACUGGCAAUACGAGAUCGGCCUCAACCAGCAGGACCCCCACUUCCACUUCCACCAGAUCCGCCUGCAGAGCUUCCUGGGUCACUCGGGGACCGCCAAGUGUUUAGCGCCGCUGGCUGGGGAGGACUACUUCCUGUCUGGCAGUAAGGACAAGACGGUGAAGCUUUGGCCCCUCUAUAACCACGGCGACGGGACGCAGGAGGUGGAGCCCCGGCUGACCUACACGGAACACAAGAAGUCUGUGUUUUACGUUGGCCAGCUGGAGGCUCUGCAGGAGGUGGUCAGCUGUGAUGGCACGGUUCACCUCUGGGACCAGUUCACAGGUAAACCGAUCCGCUCUUAUGAGGCUCUGGAUGGGAAAAACCCGAUCACGGCGGUGACCACUAUGCCCGCCCCUCACUGUAGCGUGGUGUUUGGGAGUGCGGACUCUGUCCUCCGCUUCAUAGACCCACGCAAACCAGGCCUGCAGCAUGAGUUCCGGCUGGCAUACAACAAUGUGAGCGCGGGCCUCAUUCGUUAUCUGGCGGUCAGCCCUGGGGGCCGCACUGUGGCGGCAGGCUUCUCCUCCGGCCUCAUCGUCCUUCUGGAUGCCCGGACAGGCCUCGUGCUGAGGGGCUGGCCCGCUCACGAGGGAGAUAUCCUGCAAAUGAAGGCAGCUGAGGGAAAUCUGGUCAUCAGUUCGUCCACUGACCACACCCUGACUGUGUGGAAGGACUUGGAGCACAAGCCUCUCCAGCAGUACAAGUCUCCAUCAGACCCCGUCCACGCCUUCGACCUGUAUGGGGCAGAGAUCGUGGCGGGCACCGUGGCCAACAAAAUCGGGGUGUACUCCAUGAUGGACAUCUCUGCUGGCCCCGCCAGCAGCACCAAGCUAAGCUCUGAGAACUUCCGUGGGACCCUCACCAGCCUGGCUGUGCUUCCCACCAAGAGACUCCUGCUGCUGGGUUCAGAGAAUGGGGCCAUCAGGCUCCUAGCUUAGGCAUAACAUAUAACACACUGGCUCGGCUAGGUGUAGAACCUGUCUGUAUUCUGAGCCUCUUUCAGCUUCUUGUGUGGGUCCAAGGCAAGUUGCAGGGUCCUUAAAACAGUGUUUUAUAUUGGAGAGAGCACUACUACAGUAAUAAGGAGCCUCAAACUCAGAGGACUUUAGACUUCUGAUCUGCUGUAGUCAACUAGGUGAAGUUAAGACGCUUUGUUAUAUGACUCAUUUUUGGAUAGAUCUACCAUGAGUGGCAAUGAAAAGAAGUUUUAGCAUUCAUCUAUAAAUCCUGUAUUGCAAAAUAAUACAUUCCUUGUCUAGGUCAAUAUUACAUUUGAAAGAAUUGUGUAGAAGAACUGCUCAACAAGGUGGAGCCUAAUGUGUUUCUGAUGUAGUGUUUGCACUUUCCAAAUAGAUGCAUACCUGUCAUACCAACCAAUACCAAAAAUAUUUUCAUCUCAUGUUCCCACACCUAGAAUCAUCAUCAUUAUAUUAGAUUGGACUUUGCUUUUGAUGCACUGAAUAACUAUGCAGUAUUUGUGUGCGUGCGUGCGUGCGUGCGUGCGUGUGUGUGUGUGUGUGUGUG